AGCAAGCACCGGUCUCCAGGCACAGAGAUCGGAUUUGCGCGAUGCAGCAGCAACAGCAAGUAAGCGACAGGCUUCAGGUGGCGCGCGAUAGCACAUGGCUAGUUCUGCGACUUUUCAACGUUUUCUCCUCCCGAUGCGUGCUGGUGUGUCCACAUAACGGCGUUUGAGCCACGAGCUGGCGAGUCCCUAGUCAAAGCCCAAGUCUUUCCCUUUGCUCCCUCUCGUCCUCUUGCUUGCCUUGCGCGACUUGUCUACAUGUUGGCGAGUGCGACAGUGAUUCGCCCGUGGCAGUCGACCGGACGCUUUCGUUCUGCUACUUCCAUUCCUUUGCAUCCUAGUUUUGCCCUACUGCUUCUUUGUCACUAAUCCACACCACACACACCACACACCACACACACUCUCUUUGUCCCACAUCUCCAGGAUCUAGGCAGUUGCAGUUGUACACACGGAUUCGGCAGGGUGCAUCCAGCACCGCACAGGUACCAAGAUGCUUUUGGAACGACCACUCUCGUUUAAGCGCGCCUCUGCCCGGCAAACACUAUAUCCUUAUCCAGACUCCCCCGCGCUAGGAGAACAGGACCGUCGAUCAAUGUCCACGACUGGCGGAGCUCUGCCUCGACGAGAAACAUACAGGAGCGGCGUCUUUACAUUGCAUCCCCAAAAGACGGGAGAGCAACUUGCCCGGACGCGGGAUGACGACGGAUCCGGCGACGAAAGAGACCCAGCAGAGAUCGAAGCUGCAUAUCUGAACCUCGUUGGCGGAGGAGGCAAUCGCUCACGGAACAUCAGCUCCGAGUUGUCAUUCGGCAUGUCUGGCGAUAAGGAUGGCAUAGAUGUGCAGGGCUACACAAUCGAAGAGUCGAAGAAGAGGACAAACUACUACGAAGAGCAAUUCCAGUACAAGGGGAAUGGUCUGAGCAGUGUGCGCGAGAGAAUUGAAAAGGACUCUCCAGUCGUGGCCGAGCUGCGGACCAAUGUCAUUGUCAAGGACGAAUUCAGCCUCGUGACCGACAUGUCAUACAACCUCAGCCAGCGCUACUCACGCCCCGAGAGCAGCAUCAUGGUCAAUGUCGAGCAUUCGGCCUGCUUGCUGCUCGCCGGCUCCUUCGAACCCGCGUACAUCCUCACAAUCACCGCCCUCCCCUCCCAAUUACAACCUGUCACCAACAAGCGCAACUCGGCCCUCAUCCAAUCAUUCAUGGCAGACAUCCUCGCCGUCCCCCCAGAAAGAGGCAUCCUCCGAUUCCAGCCCAUCGCCGAAGAAAACCUCGCAAUCAACGGCACAACUGUAUACGGCGAGAUUGAGCGGAUUGAAAAGAGCAGCAUAGACACGGACGUGACGGCUGCAAACGCCAUCAAGCGUGCCUGGACCAGAGGUUCGCGAAGAUCAGUCCACGCAAAGAAACCGACCGUCAGGAACACCGACGACGUCCCCUCGGCACUCCCACAAACCGCAAACACACACCUGCCCACCACCAGCCACUCUCGCCAGCCUAGCCAAAACAUGUCUCAAUCCGCUGUAUCGCUCACAUCACAUCCCGGCCCAGCUUUCGUCGCUGGCGCAACAUCACCAGUACUGGAGGAGAAGCCCAAGUCCCCAGAACAGACGCCUACACCAAUAGGCACACCGAACGGAGAGGAGAAGCGAAAGAGCACACUAAACGGCAUUUUGAAGAACGUCUCGGCUUCUCCUCGACCCGCAUCGUCUCACACACCGGCAUUAAAGCCUCCUCCAAUUCCGCAAAAUGCUUCGCCAAUCAGUCCAAAAGUGGCCAAGAGGAAAAGUUUCAUCUCAAUAUUCAAACGCUGAAUAAAGCACAUAUACAUACUCGAGAGCGAGGAAGGUGGAUACAAAAGGUUGGUUUCUUGCAUAUCACGGCGUUUCUUCUGUUUCUCUACUCUCUUCUUUUUGCAUCUUUUUUUUUGGCUCUGCUCGGUACCAUUGGCUGUCUUGUCUCUUGUCGGUUCUUGUGCUUCCUGAUUUCCAUCUUGCUUUAUACCCUAUCUAGAAGCCCGGUCUCCUUUAUUCACAAGGAGCGUCAACAGGUCCAGUUUUCUGGACUCUUGUAAUUAGACCAAUCCCCCUCUUUUUUCCCCUUUAAUAAGCUCUGCUAUCUCUAACUGCUCUGUUUCGAAAAGUGAACAAUUUUUGUC